AUAACAUUCAUCACACUCCUGGUGGCGGUGAUAUCAAGAUAUAUUCAAGAAAAUUGAGCUAUCAUAAUGCUUCUCCAAAAAUUAGAACGAGAUCCAACAGUAAUGAAGGCUCAAUCGAAGAUCGAUCAGAUAUUGUAUACAGCCCUGUUUCUUCUCUUGCGUUGGAUGAAUCUCUGGAAGUUAAUAGUCCUCCUUCUGACCCUCUUACGAAUACAAAUACUCCUUUAACCGAAGGUUUACCACCUAUUAUUGAAAGUACACAUAUUGAAGAAAUUAAUGAAGAUGAUUAUAAUGAUGAACCUGGUUAUCAUCAAACGUCAGAUCCUUCAAAAAAUUUGAAAGAUCAAAUUAUUGAAAAGCAAGGAUUUGACGUAAAUGAGCCAGAUGAAAUUUUACAAAAUUCUCGACUUAACGACACUGAUUUGGAUUUUAAAGUUAAUGUUCAAAGAAAGACAUUACUUUUAACCAACGAUUCUAAUUCUUCAAGAGCUUUAUCAACCGUUGAAAUGCCACCCGACAACCCGAGUUUACCUAACAAACCCGAGUUGACCUUUGAUCAGAAAAAAGAUUAUGAUGCAUCUUGGUUAUAA